AUGAGCAGCAGCCCCGAUGGCAUACAGGUCGUGGUGCGUGUGAGGCCACUCAACUCGCGGGAGACGAGCACCACGGCUGCUGCUCGCUGCCUGGAGGUGGUGGACGAGGGCUCCCUGCACUACACUGGCCGUGAUGCCCCUGCACACAGCCACUUUGGCUUUGACCGGGUGUAUGGCGAGGCCUGCACGCAAGUGGAGGCGUUUGAGGCGCGUGGAGCUGCCUGCAGUGGGCUGAAGGAAACGGUUCAGUCGGUGCUGCAAGGGUACAAUGCAACCAUCAUGGCUUAUGGACAGACGGGCAGCGGCAAGACGCACACGCUGCUGGGAGAUGUGGGCGAUGCACAGCAGCAGGGCGUGGUGCCUCGGGCGGUGGCGGAGCUGGCCCGCGGCAUCGCCGCCUACACAGAGCCCUGCAAGUUCAAGGCAGGCGCGGCCGUGACGCUGUCUGUGAUAGAGAUCUACAGCGAGCGGGUGAUCCACGACAAGGAGCGCGGCAUUGUGGUGGCGGAGGCCACGGCGCUGCCGGUGUGCAGCGAGCGCGACUGUGUGGGGCUGAUGCAGCGCGGCAUCGCCAACCGCGCCGUCUCUGCCACCGCCAUGAAUGCGGGCUCCAGCCGCAGCCACUGCGUGGUGUACCUGGUGGUGCAGCGAGCCUUCCCCGACGGGCGCACCGAGUUUGGCAAGCUGUGCCUGGUGGUGGGCGGGGGCCUGGUGGACCUGGCGGGCAGCGAGCGGCAGGACAAGACGGGGGCGGACUCUCUGGGCGGCACCGCGCGCACCGUGCUCAUCAUCUGCUGCUCCCCCAGCCUGUUCAACGACGCAGAGACGCUUUCCAGCCUGCGCUUCGGCUGCCGCGCCAAGGGCAUCCAAAACAGCGUGCAGGCCAACGCCGCUAAGCGCACACCCGAGCAGCUGGGGCGGGCGCUGGCAGCGGCGCAGGGGGAGGUGGAGGCGCUGCGGCAGCGGCUGGGGCGGCUGGAGGGUGGCGGCAGGGGCAUCGGUGGCGGCAGCGCUGCGGGUGGUGAGGUGGAGGCUGCCUGCACGCCAGCCGGCCGGGCGCGCAGGAGCGGCGCUGGCAAGUGGGCGCUGGUGUGCGCCCUGCAGCUGACCGGCCUGCUGGCAUACUUUGCAGCGGCAGAAAGGCUGGGCUGCGCAUGA